AUGCAUACCUCGGCACUCGUCUGUUUCGCUAUCGCUCUCACAGCUCACGCUAUUCCUUUGACUCGGCCCAUCUCGAACUCUACAGUUCAGCGCAGAAGCUCAGAUUAUGCUGUUGUCAACGUCGGAGGGGACCCAAGCCCCCCCCAGCCUCCAGUUCAAGAGACGGUUAUUGAAACCGUAACUGCUCCAGGAGCACCUCAGCAAACGGUGACAGUGACUCAAACUUCAUCUCUAACGUCUUCCUCGACGGCACUAUGGGAAACGAGUGCAUACGGCGGCAGCUCCUCGGUUAUCCCAACUCCCACUCCAACCCCGUCUUCUAUUGCAGUUCCUGCCCCUGGUCCCGAAGACGAGACUAUCCCCCGCGGCUUCACUGCCAUGGACAGACUCGCGCGUGCUCUCGGAAAGACUAUUGACACCCGCCUCAAGGCUCGUGAUAUGAAGCCUACUGCUCAGCUUAGCCCUGGUUUGAACGGCACCGCACAGGCGCCUCAUGCCCCUCGUGGUUUCCACACCACUGAAUCGGGAAGCAAGAUUCUCGAGAACAGGAGCCUGAAUGGUACAUCCGUAAAGGCUUAG